UGUGUCCGUUGCUCCGGGGUCUGUGAAAGCACGGAGCGCACCGCUGCGACGCCUCUCGGUCCACGCGGGUUCACAAUCUCUCCGGUAACCUGCCAACGUUACAGCCCGAAGACCUGAAAACCUGAAGACCACCCCACGACCCGCUGAACUUUUUAGAGGCCUCUGGGGGACAUUGGGAAGCAGCACCAACAUCAUCAUUUGUGCCUAGCAUCAAGGAGGAAAGUCCCCAGCUACUAGAAUCCGUUUUCAGUGUGUGCGCCAUGGCAUCUAAACCUCACGCUCCUCUGAUGAAGAAGCACAGUCAGACAGACCUGAUCAGCCGCCUGAAGAGCCGCAAGAUCCUUGGCGUCGGCGGCGAGGAUGAUGACGGUGAAGUGCACCGCUCAAAGAUCAGUCAGAUGCUGGGAAAUGAGAUGAAGUUUGCCGUGCGGGAGCCCCUCGGACUGAGGGUGUGGAUUCUCAUCUCUGCAGUGGCUUUCACAGUUAUGGCCGUGAUGGCCCUAGUGUUUCCCAACCAGCUAUAUGAGGUUGUUUUCGAGGAGGAGCUCUCCACAACUAGCAUCUCUGUUCGGCUUUAUGGAGGAGCGCUGCUCAGCUUGGCCCUGAUUAUUUGGAAUGGUCUCUACACGGCAGAGAAGAUCGUCAUCCAGUGGACUCUGCUCAGCGAAGCCUGCUACUUUGCCGUCCAGUUUCUUGUGACGUCCAUCACCUUAAUGGAGGUUGGCAUCCUGCCCAACGCCGCCAUUCUUCUGCUCCUCAGUCGGGUGUUCUUCCUGGUGGUCACGUUGGCGUACUACUACCAACUUGGCCGUAAACUGAAGAAGAUCUGAGCUGCCUGGUUGACACUUCCAGGGAGGAGGAGGAGGAAGGGGGGGGCAGCUGAGCACAGACGAGGGACCAGAAGGUGUGGAAUAUUAUUUGAUCGGGGCUUGGAGCGUUGCCCUGCCGGUGGAUGCCCCCUCCCAUGGGACCUAGCCUAUUGUAACCCCCGAGCAUCCAACCGAUGAGCACCGUCUCACAUUCCAGACUCACCAACAAGAUUGAGAAUUUCAGCGAAAGUGAAUCGCGCUUUGGGAGGUCAAGCCCCUCCUGACGCACACAUCCCUCCUUUGUGCAGUUCCCAGAGCUGUUUAUAAAGAAGGAGCAAGCAGCUUAAAGGGCAUUGCCUUCUGUCAUUUAGUUUUUUUAUUUUUAUUUAAUUUGUACAGUGCAUCGAAUUUGUUUGUGUGCAGCCACGAGAUUUCCUGAUUCAGUAUUUUGUGUUGUCUAAAGUUGCAUCUUGACACAACUUCUUAAUCGCUCUUGAGCAAAGUGUGUUCCAAUUAGUUUCCUGGUCGAUGUUUUUGAUGUUGACUCAUACUCUAGGUUUGCUUAAAUGAAGCUUGAAUAUCUGCUAUUGCAUGCUUCUCUGACAACGCGUCAUUGAACACAUAGACUGGAAAUGCAUCCGCUGCUUCGUGUAAAUCCAGAUGCAGUUGGAUAAGCUAAAUGCUGGGUGGGUGAUGAUGAACCUUUUUCUUAUACUGCCGGCAGCUUUCUUGGUCAAAACAUUCCUAAAGGUCUGUUUUUAUUCCCAAUCAACCAAAGUCCUAUUUAGAUUACUCCAAACAAAAUGCUGAAUCUAAACGUUUUUCAGGGACAUUGUGAUUAUUGUACUUUAUUUUUUAUCAGUCAGGAAGUUCGACCCAAGUGAAUAGGAAUUAUUUUUCCUAUUUCCUAGAAGUGAUUUAGUUCUGCGUGUGUGUGGCAGGACUUCACCCUGAGUGAUCUUACAGAAAGUAUUUUAACAUUCUGACCAAUGAUUUCACAAGCCGAGCGCGCAAACCUGUGCUGGUUCCUCUUCCUCACCUGAUCCUUGGCCUUAAAACUACUCAAAGAACAGUCAUCAACACUGCGUCCUACUUGUACAUAUGUAAAUGAAAAGUAUUAGCUAUUUUGUGGUUUUUGUGUGACGCAAACGGGGAACUUGAGUAUUGAUAAAAUGACUUUUCUGUCAAUAAGUGAGAUUUCUUGCUGCCACCAACUAGAGCACAAAGCUGAUAAAUUAAGAUGUUAAUGGAGGUGAAUGGAUGAAAGAAUUUGCUACAAAAGGCCUAAAGGAACAUGCGCAUCAUUGAACCCAUCACUUGACCUUUUACCAAAAAAAACAAAAACCCCAUUCAAGACUCAUUUUGUAGAUGUAUUUUGAGUGGAACAAGGAACGUUCUGUCUGCCUCCUCCAAAGGUGGAGGUCCAUAUUGUUGCAAAUGACCACGUUGGGUCCUGCCCUAAAAGGGAGGGGUCCUGAGGUCGGGGUGAUUGUGGGUUUGCAGUUGUGAGUCCAGCGCUGACGGCAGAUGUGCUUUACAUGGGUGAGUUUUCAUUUCAAAUAGGGGAAACGUGAAGGAGGUCCUCCGUACGCCCUCAAAAGUUGUAAUUAUAUUCUUUUUUUUUUUUUUUCUCCGAGCAUUUAAUUAGAUCCCCCUCCCAAGUGCAAUUGUGUGCCCCGACGUACUGCUCGGUCCUGAGUAGCGUUGUAAUUAUGGAGUUCAGAGGAAAAAAUCUUGUUCCAUUUUCGUCUGCUACAGGCCUCAAAUCAUCAGCCCUGUGAGAUGUUCGAGGGUCUGUGAGGCGGUUUAUUUUAGGAGAGAUGGGCAGAAAAAGAGGCGAAGAGACGGCUCUUUGAUCCUCCUGCUUCUCUGAUGUGAAUCAGCUCACAUAUUACAUCGGUUAGUUGUGUCCUUGACGUUUUAGAGUGCUGUUGAUUCCCUCUGAUGUACAUCAAACAUUAAUUGUACUGUUGUGAAUAGCAUACCCAGUCAAAAUGUUUCAAGUUGUAGCAUUGUUUUUAUGUAUACACGUGCUAUAUUGUACCUCAAAAAUGAAUUGUUAUGGCUUUCCAAGAUUUUAGUUUCAAAUAAAGGUAACUGCUGUUUCUUUUGAAGACUGCAAAAGCAAUGAAA